AUGUCCAACACCUUCCUUUUCACCUCCGAGUCCGUCGGCGAGGGCCAUCCCGACAAGAUCUGCGAUCAGGUCUCCGAUGCCAUUCUCGAUGCCUGCUUGGCUGUUGACCCCAUGUCCAAGGUUGCUUGCGAGACCGCCGCCAAGACCGGUAUGAUCAUGGUUCUCGGAGAGAUCACCACCAAGGCCACCCUCGACUACCAGAAGAUCAUCCGUGAGACCAUCAAGAACAUCGGUUACGAUGACUCCUCCAAGGGUUUCGACUACAAGACCUGCAACGUCCUCGUCGCCAUCGAGCAGCAGUCCCCUGAUAUCUACCAGGGCUUGGUCCAGAAGAGCUUCAACGUCGAGGACAUUGGAGCCGGUGACCAGGGUAUCAUGUUCGGUUACGCCACCGACGAGACCCCCGAGCUCAUGCCCUUGACCCUCACCUUGUCCCACAAGUUGAACAAGAAGAUGGCCGACGGUCGCCGUGACGGUACCCUCCCUUACCUCCGCCCCGACUCGAAGACCCAGGUCACCAUCGAGUACAGAAACGAGGGUGGUGCUCUUGUCCCCAUCCGUGUUGACACCGUCGUCAUCUCUGUCCAGCACUCUGAGGAUGUCACCAACGAGACCCUCCGCAAGGCCCUCAAGGAGGAGGUCAUCGAUAAGGUCAUCCCCGCCAAGUACCUCGACGAGAACACCAAGUACCACCUCCAGCCCUCUGGCAAGUUCAUCAUCGGUGGUCCCCAGGGUGAUGCCGGUGUCACUGGACGCAAGAUUAUCGUCGACACCUACGGUGGUCACGGUGCUCACGGAGGUGGAGCUUUCUCUGGUAAGGAUUGGUCCAAGGUCGAUCGCUCUGCUGCCUACACCGGUCGCUGGAUCGCCAAGUCCAUCGUCGCCGCUGGCCUCGCCCGCCGUGCCCUCGUCCAGCUCUCGUACGCCAUCGGUGUUGCCGAGCCCACCUCCGUCUUCGUCGACACCUACGGUACCGGCACCAAGUCCGAUGCCGAGAUCCUCGCCAUCGUCAAGAAGAACUUCGAUCUUCGCCCCGGUGUCAUCGUCAAGGAGUUGGAUCUCUUCAAGCCCAUCUACACCAAGACCGCCUGCUACGGUCACUUUGGUCGUGAUGAGUUCACCUGGGAGCAGCCCCGCGAGCUCAAGUUCUAA